AUGUGUCUGUGUGUGUGAGUGUGUCUUGUUGCUUGUGUACGCUGGUCUGUGUGUGGGUAUGUGUCUGUGUGUGUCUUUUUGCUUGUAGAUGCUAGUCUGUGUGUGUGUGUGUGUGUGUGUGUGUGUGUUUCUUUUUGCUAGUAAACGCUGGUUUGUGUGUGUGUGAGUGUGUGUGUGUGAGUGUGUGUCUGCUUGUAAACACUGGUCUGUGUGUGUGGGUGUAUGUCUUUGUGUGUGUGUUUGUGAGUGUGUCUUGUUGCUUGUUGCUUGUGUACACUGGUAUGUGUCUGUGUGUGUGUGAGUGUGUCUUGUUGCUUGUGUACGCUGGUCUGUGUGUGGGUGUGUGUCUCUGUGUGUCUUUUUGCUUGUAGACGCUAGUUUGUGUGUGUGUGUGUUUCUUUUUGCUUGUAAACGCUGGUCUGGGUGUGUGUAAGUGUGUGUCUGAGUGUGUGUCUUUUUGCUUGUAAACACUGGUCUCUGUGUGUGUGUGUUUGUGUGUGUGUGAGUGUGUCUUGUUGCUUGUGUACACUGGUAUGUGUUUGUGUGUGGGUGUGUGUGAGUGUGUCUUGUUGCUUGUGUACACUGGUAUGUGUCUGUGUGUGGGUGUGCGUGAGUGUGUCUUGUUGCUUGUGUACACUGGUAUGUGUCUGUGUGUGGGUGUGCGUGAGUGUGUCUUGUUGCUUGUGUACACUGGUAUGUGUUUGUGUGUGGGUGUGUGUGAGUGUGUCUUGUUGCUUGUGUACACUGGUAUGUGUCUGUGUGUGGGUGUGUGUGAGUGUGUCUUGUUGCUUGUAGACGCUAGUCUGUGUGUGUGUGGGUCUAUGUGUAUGUGUGUGUGAGUGUGUCUUGUUGCUUGUGUACACUGGUAUGUGUCUGUGUGUGGGUGUGUGUGAGUGUGUCUUGUUGCUUGUAGACGCUAGUCUGUGUGUGUGUGUAUGCAUGGCUGGAUUACUGACCGGGCCAGUGGGGCCAGCGCCCAGGGGCCCAGACUAUCCUUAAUCCGUCCUUGUGUGUAUGUGUUGUUGUGUGUGUGAGUGUGUUUUUGCUUGUGUACGCUGGUUUGUGUGUGUGUGUGUGUGUGUGUCUGUGUCUGUGUCUGUGUCUGUGUUUAGGUGUGUGUGUGUGAGCGUCUCUGUGCGUGGGCGCGUGUAAAUGUGCCUGUGUCUCCGUGUCUGUGUUUUAGGUUGGCAGAAGUGUGGGUAACAGUGCCCCCUGCUGGUAGAGUCUGGUGUUGCAUUAGCUCUGUAUGUGUGGCUGACGGUCGGAUGUGAACAGGAGUUCUUUUCUCUCGCUCUGCGCUUCACAACAAUCCAGCUUCAUUAUUCUACAGCAUCUUCAGCCAACAACAUGAAGCUCACAUUCCACUGUCUGGUCCCUGUAUCUGCUUCUUUCGGACUGAUCAGCUUUGUGUUUCUAAUUCUUGCGAUCGGAAGUGAUUUCUGGUACAUCAUUGAUACUUCCAGAAAGGAGAUCAACUCAUCUGUAUCACUGAGUUCUCAUUCUGGACUUUGGAGGACUUGUUACUUUCAUGGUCAAUGCCAGCCCUUUAUAAACCCUUUUGGAAACAGAGGAAACUUUACAGAUUCACAAAAGCACAUACUCAAUCUGCAGGCGACCUUCAUUGUGCUUUUGCCCCUGAGUGUGAUCAUUCUCUUUAUCGGUGGGAUGAUGGGGGUCAUUAGUAUUCUGGCCAGGGCACACCAGCUGCUUUUUAUCACUGGACUGCUGCUGAUCUCUGGUGCUUUUAUCACGUUGGCCAGCAUCUGCCUGUACAUCACCUACUCUUCAGCCAUCUUCAGUGUGGCUGUGUGUAUCUCCAGCCACAAGACUCUGGAGGACAUUGAUAUAUUCUUUGGUUGGUCAUUGGUCCUCGCCACUAUUUCCUUCAUUACAGAGCUCAUCACAGCUAUUGCAUUUUUGCUCGCUUCAGCCCGUUUGAACCAACUUGCACAACGAAAUGAGAACAUUUAGCCAUGAAAGUAAAGACG